CCUGUAACGCGAUCGGGGCUGUGAUUGGCCAAUUUAAGGCCCCACUAAUGCAUCUACUACUCCAGCACGGAUUACCAGCCUCUACUCUUUCUCUUUUCCUUUCCCUAACCCUAAGUCUAAGUCUAAGCCUAUGCCUAAGACCAAGAUCAUUACCUCUCCAACAUCUAUUCUCUCCUCUCCAUUGUAGAUUGUAGAGGGGGACUUGUCUCUCGUUUUACUUCCUGUCCCGUCUACUACCUUGUAGAAUGCAUAUUUAGAACAGUCAUUAUCUAUUACAACAAUGUCCCACUCUACCGCGUCCUCACCUCCCACCAUGCCGCCCGUGCGCGAAGCACGCGAAGCAAGAGGGUCAAUCAGCUCCCAGAGCAGUAAUCCGGAUUCGAGCACAAUGUCUUUCGAAUCUUCUUUCAGAUUAGAAUCCGGCUAUCCUACACACGACUCCAACACAGAGAAACACCCCAAGGGCAAGCGGAAGAGAACCACGACACAAGAUAAAGCUAUUCUUGAAGCCGCGUACAACUCGAACCCGAAGCCCGAUAAGGCAGCGCGUCUUGAUAUCGUGAGUCGCGUCUCACUCAACGAAAAGGAAGUUCAGAUAUGGUUCCAGAACCGUCGGCAGAACGAUCGCCGAAAAUCGCGUCCUCUUUCGCCGCAAGAAAUUGCGGCACUGAGAUAUGGUGGGGGUAUGCAAAUACUGUCAUCUGACUACAUCCCUGCACAAAUGAGCUCGCAAGACGCACCGCAAGACGCACCUGUGCAGCCGGGGGAGACGCGUACGGAAGACGAAAAAGCCUUCGAUUCGGAGAAAUCGCCUUUUAGCUCCCAGGACGCGAGCCCUCAGCACUCUGUCCAUUCUUCCCCGAAGCUGAGCGCCAUGGACCAAUCUGUCAUGGAUAACCCGGCGAUACCAGAGCCUGAGGACUCCGGAAGGCAUACACCACCCCCGCCACAAAGGACCGAAUUUGAGAGCCUCUCACUCUCUCAGAUCUCGUCGGCAUCAGUCGCGUAUUUGGCAAACCGACGGAGCUUCGACAACUCUUUCUCAACACCCUCUACCUGGGGACGGACCGGGGACGAGUCGUUUAGAUUUGAGUCGUUUUCAUCCUCUUUUAACUCAGCCGCUAGCAGCUCUCCUGCCUCAGUUCUUCUACCGCCUUCCUCAGCAUCUUCAUCUCGUGUCCGUCUAUCACUCUCCCUGGAUGGAAAGGCUGAGCUGGUUUCCUCUCAGCCGUCGCCGCCCAGACCCGCCCAGAUACAAUUAUCAGGAGAUGCGGAUACGUUACCUCCGGUCCGCAGUCACAGGACCCUUCACAGGAGCCGGAGCGCCCUACCCGGGAUUACUCUCCCGCCCAUCUCAACCCUUACUGCUCAUCUACCUCCACAGCUCACCCGAGGCCGAUCUCGGGACGUACAUGCCUGGGAAUCCUGCUGCGAAGCAGACACUCGUGAUGAGCUAACGAAGCAAGCCGAGAACGAGUCUUCUGGGUCUGCAGUCGCAGCUAUUAGCCUUCUGCGAUCGAGCAGUAGCUCCUCCAGUCUUAGCAGCCUGCUUCAUAGCCACAGUACGGCAAACGUGCUUCAGUCCAAUCCUAACAAGCGCAAUGCGCCACAGAACAAACCCGCACACCGAGAAGAGGUAGCUAAGAAAGCUAAACUCAGCCGCACAACUAGCAGCGUGGCACGUAUGCAGACCCUUCCACCUACAUCGCUAUUAGACACUCGACCGGACACGAUCGAUUUGGAGAAGCCAGGAAAAGGCAGUCUCACCACCAUACUCAGUCCAUCCGGCGAUUCUGACAAGGAGAACUGGAGCCCAAACUCUGAGGGCAACCCUAAUCGCCGACGACUGUUGCCUUCCCCCAAGGUUCAAGACCAAACCAUCCCCAGCAAAAACCCUCGCCGCGUGGGACGCCCGCUUGGUGAGCAGGAUAACACGGCUAAACGUUCGCUCUUCGGAAACAGAUCCAACACGGCGCCAUCACUAAAACCGCGGGAUUCGCCCAUGGCGAUCUUCGAGGAUAAGGAGAACGCGAAUGGGGACGACGAGCCUAGGAAACUACCACGAGGUUCAGUUAGCCCUACUAAGCGCGGAGACCUGGACUGCGUAGCUGGACUGUUGUCGCUGAGUCAGGGGAACUGGCGCUGAAAAAGGCUGCCCUGGACCUCUAAAGACUCGCAUUCCUUUCAAGGGAAGCUAAACUCUAGCAUCAGAAGUUAUUCAAGUGGCUACUGUAAGCGCAACGGUCUGGAUAUUUACUAGGUUAUAUGCAUACCACGUGAAGAAGAGACCCCUGGAAAGGAAAUGCGCUCUAGCUCGUGGAUAGCGGAACUUGGCCUCCGAGGAGGAGAAAUGGAUUGUUUGACCGGAGUUUUAAAUCAGGCGGGUUAGGAAAAGAAAAAAAUGGUGCGGCUCAAGGUAGAUUCUAUCUCUGCCUGGUUCCGCGAGCUGAUUGGCGUAUUCUCCCAUCUUUUCUAAGCGGCGUGGCGUGGCGUACUUAGUUAGGCUGAUCACCGCGUGGAUGGGGACUACUGGUGGUGGGGUGAUGGUGAUGGUAGUGGUGGUGGUUUUGCGAGUUCGUUGGUGGCUAGGAAAGGAGUAGGAGUUGUUGGCUACCU